AUGAACUCGAACUACUACUCCGACAACUCAAUGUCUGUUGAUGUCAAGCUUGAGCCCGGCAUGGACGACCCCUCUGCCCUGCAGUCUUCGUCUGCUCAGUCUCUUGAGCUCGCGCCUGUCAACGAGUCACUCUCGCUCGUCGACCAGCUCCUCGCCUUCUACCAGCAAGGCGCCGUCUGGGUCCACCACACCCGCGCAUCGCUUGAGCUCGAUCUCACCGUGCAAGGACGGGACUCGUUCUCCUCCCGCCGCGCCAUCGCAGCCGGCCCGUCAGGUGUCAAGACGGAGCCAGCAUCGCCGCCGCCGCUCACCAAGCGCAACUCGCGCUGGUUGCAGCGCAAGCAAACAUUCAACCUCAACAUCAACCUCAACGCGAAGCUCGACGCAGCUGCACCUGCCAGCGCCCUUCGAGCACAUGGAGGCGCGCAUGGCCUCCUGCGUCAACUUGGCGGAGCUCGCGCGCUCCGUCAACCACCGCCCGCAGGCCCUCUCAGUAGGCGCCUAGCGGACCGUGGUCCCGCCGCCCUGCGUAUCGAUCAUACACAUCGAUACGCAGUAGGCUGCGCUCUACGCCCGCGACUCGAGACUAUUGGCCGUAGGUCUGCCCCUGAAGGCGGCCGCGUCGGUCGUUCUCGAGUGCACACAGCCCCUUCCAGGCGCUGA